AUGAAACAAAUAGAGCAAAAAUGUCGGAAAAUUGAAUUUACAUGGCUAUUACAUAACUACCUCAGAAGCAGUAGCAGAACGUUCGUACUCCAUGAAGGAGUUCGGGUCCAGGCCGUUCAAUUUUGUAGAAAAGUAAAAGUUCUUAUUUUUUUACUCGUUUUUAUGGCUCUGGUAUCCGCCACUUUCAUCGGACCAACAAGACCAAAACGCGUACAAAAUUUGUCUUCCAAUUAGGUCAUCAUGCUCCUCAAAAAUAUUAUAUUUGAAUUUGGUGACUUGGGUCGUGAGAGUGUC